GAGGCAUCUGAUCCUCCGUUAUACAGAGGAGUCCCUUGACACUUACUUGAAUAUCACUUGCACACGCCUCGCAAGAAGGAAAGGAGAGAAAGCGUCUCUCACAGGAAUUCUGAACUGAAAUCUCCCUCGCCAACCGACCCCGCCUUCUAUCUUCCGAAGCGGACAGGGAUACAGAGACAGAAUUGGAAGGAGGGAAAGGACAUUCACAAUGACGCUCACUACGACUUCCCUCCCUCUUGACUAUUAUGAGAUCCUCGGCCUCUCCUUUACGACUGCGCCCCUCUCGAAGCAAGAACUCAAAACCGCAUACCACCGCGCCCUACUCAAACACCACCCGGACAAGGCUGCCGCCGCUGGCAGCGCCAGCACACCUACUCAGGAUGCGCCUCCAAGUUUUCUGGCCUCGAACGACACCCAUGGCUCUUCCUCGCCACAGACGAGACCCUACACGAUAGACGAGAUUACAGCUGCAUACAAGACUCUCUCCGUCCCAUCUCUACGCGCCGAGUAUGAUCGCUCCCUGCGACUGGAUCGCGCGCGGGCUGCCGCGGGGCAGGAAAAGGCCGGGGGCAAUGGGGUGCUGUUUCACACGGGGUUGGAGGUGGUGGACUUGGAGGAUCUGGGCUGCGCAGAGGAUGAGGACGGCGACGGGGAUGUUUGGUAUAGAGGGUGUCGCUGUGGGGAUGAGAGGGGGUUUCUGCUCACGGAAGAGGAUUUGGAGAGGGAGGCGGAGAAUGGGGAGAUUGUGGUCGGGUGUCGGGGCUGUAGUCUGUGGAUGAAGGUCCUGUUUGCGGUUGAAAAUGAUGGCAGUGAUGAUGAGCAGGGGCGAGUGGGAGAGGUGCAGAAGCAGGGGGCCUGAGGUGUUGGUGAUAUUGGUGGGAAACCCUUGUGUGUAAGCAUACGGUGAUGCUCUUUUUCUGGUCUUCUUGCCCCUGGAGGGUGAGAUGUCACUCGCAUAUUUACCUGGUUCACCGGCU